AUGCGCGCUCUGACCCUCUCGUCGCAGCCCACUCUGUUCUCAGCUCAGACACAGACACGAUCCCUCUCCCAAACCGUGCUGUCCGCGCGGACAACACGGCUUUCAGAAUAUGGGCAAACGACAAAAUCCGCCGUUAGCUCAUGCAGCUUGAUCGGCACCCCGGUCUUCCAAAAGCAACAAACGAGGGGGAUGAAGGUUCGCAGCUCCAUCAAGAAGCGGUGCGAGCAUUGCAAGGUUGUACGGCGAAAAGCCAACAAGCGACACUCGGGCUACCGGUACAUAAUAUGCUCGGCCAACCCAAGGCAUAAGCAACGCCAAGGAUAG